GCUCACGAUGCCUCUAAUAACAGUAAAGACAAAUGUCAAGACAGUCAGCGAUGACUUCAUGCAGAAAAGUCAUGACUUCUUCAAAGAUCUAUUAGUGACGGAAAAAAUUAUCAUCGACUUGGAUUUGGGAAGGCAGAUGACAGCUUUCAAUUCAUCUGAGCCAACGGUUACCGUAAUGGGGAUAGCAGUGGGACGUUUUCACUCUGACACUAACCCACGAUUGCAUAAAGCCAUAGCGGAGUUUAUUAGCACCGCUUUGUCUGUUCCCUUAGAAAGAACUAUUGUGUUCUUACAAAAACUGCCCUGCCACAACGUCAGCGCUGGGGGUGAACCACUUCCCGAGUUCCUGGCGAGAGACCGAGACGUGACUGCCUGGCAGGACUGAGUUCAAACCCUCGGCAACAAACAAAGGCAGUUCUGGCUAUCAGAGAUGCUCAAUUUAUACUUAAACUUUUAUUUAAAAAGCAAUAAUUUGCGAGGAGAGAUUCAACGAUAAGCAAUAAAAUUAAUGUAAAAACU